GUUCCUGAAAGAAGAAUUCAAUGACGUUAACAUACGUGAGGAAUGGCGAGCUAGAACUAUCACGUCUCCGGAAAUCCUUCCUCUCAGCGAGACGCUCGGUUCUCGUUUGUUUUAAAGCUCGUGUGUGUAUUUAUAUUUGUUUUUAAUUAUUAUUUUAUUUUCCUAUGGAAAGGAACCGUCUCGAGAACGGGAUGCUGUGUCAAAAUCAGAAGCAGGUGGUGAACAGCGAUAGGCGUGAGCUCGAGCACGCGGUCAAGCAGGUCCGGUUCGCGGGGAAAAGCAGCAGCACGAGCGCCGGUACAGCACGAGGAGGAGAACCGGCGGUUGCUAACGCUAAUGAAAACACGUCCCACAGUGACACAGCGAAACAGAUCGGACCUCAACUCAAACUUCUGCCUUUAAACGACCAAAUCCGAGAGCUGCAGACCAUCAUCCGGGACAAGUCCACCAGUCGAGGUGAUUUUGUGUUUUCUGCUGACAGAUUGAUAAGACUGGUGGUUGAAGAGGGACUCAAUCAGCUUCCUUACAGCGAGUGCACUGUGAUCACACCCACAGGUCACAAGUAUGAUGGGGUGAAGUUUGAGAAGGGAAACUGUGGUGUGAGCAUCAUGCGCAGUGGCGAGGCGAUGGAGCAGGGUCUGAGGGACUGCUGUAGGUCAAUCCGGAUCGGGAAGAUCCUUAUCCAGAGCGACGAGGAGACUCAGAAAGCCAAAGUUUUCUACGCCAAGUUUCCUCCUGACAUCAGCCGCAGGAAGGUGCUGCUAAUGUACCCCAUACUGAGUACGGGGAACACGGUGAUUGAGGCGGUAAGGGUUCUAAAGGAACAUGGCCUCCAAGCCAACCACAUUAUACUGCUGAGUCUUUUCUCCACACCCCAUGGUGCAAGGUCCAUAGUAAAGGAGUUUCCUGACAUCACAAUCCUGACGACCGAGGUUCAUGCUGUUGCUCCCACACACUUCGGCCAGAGAUACUUCGGCACAGACUGACACACACACACACACACACACACACACACACACACACACACAGAGAGAGCCCGACUGACACACACACACACACACACACACACACACACACACACACACACACACACACACACACACACACACACAGAGCCCGACUGACCCGUCCUGGGUCGUCCAGCUGCCCAGGAAGUAUUGUAACAUUUCUGGUCCAUUUUCAGUGUUUCUGAAACGUUCAUGCUUGGUAUUCUCCUGCCUUCGCUCUCGCGUCCCGGACCGCACACACCAUGGACACCGUCUGCGUGGAGAUUCUGCGUGGAUGCCCCACCCACAUUCAUUAUGGACACGCCUCUUCAUCAUCCUAAGACGGAGCUCAGCGACUGUCCACACGUCUACAGAUAUUUUCAAAACACAGUUGUAUUUUCUCGGCGUUUGGGCGUCCUGUCCUCACCGACCACGUGUUUUUAUUUACUGACAGCGAAGCUUUUCAAAAAUUGCACUCGUGUGUUACGAAUGUUUUGCUAAGACUCUGAACAAGUUGUUAUUAAAAAUGAUGCGCGCUGUACUGCACAUUAAUGUUUGUUUUCGAUAAACAGCUCUCGCGGGGACGGCGUCGUUGUGUCGAAAGGCGGUGAACGUGAACGGAAAUCGUUACGUCAACGGAGCUGCUUUGGGGAAACGCUGUUCAGUUAACGCUCGUCCAGCAUGGAGAGAUCGCUGCUACUUUAACCCACACGCUGAAUUUACACUGAAACCAAGAAGUAGAUACUCGCCUGUAGAUAAAAUCCUCAUCGAUUUGUACCAGUCAAUCACCUCCGAAGCCCCGCCCACAUCCAGCAACAUCUAUAAAAUACACUUAUCGUCAAGAACGUUAAUCGUAUUGGAGCUCGUAGGCCUGACGAAAAUUGUAUUAAAUGUAAAAAUCCAAAGGCUGACACAUCUGGAUGUGGGCGGGGCUAAACACCUUCAGCCUUCCACCACAGGGCAUCCGAUUACAACGUUUGGCGUGACUUUCCCACGCUCUCACGUUGUCCGUCUUGUGUACGGUCCCGUGCGCGGGAACACGAGGUUCCGCAGCGUACUAGAGCUUACAGAGGGGACAGCGUCCAGCUUCACGCUCAUCCUCAGGAUUACUCCUCCACCUGAUAAUAUAUAUAUAUUAUAUAAAAAUAUAAAAAUAAAAUAUUUUGUACUAAA